AUGAGCAGAACAAUUGACGAGAAACAGCGCCAGAAGAAGGAGAAAUCCAGAAAAGAGGAAAAAUCCAGGAAGGAAGAAAGACCAGCAGAGACAAAGGAUAAGAAAUCAGAAAAAACACAUCCUAAAGCAAAACCACUGUGCCCAUCUAAUGUAACCAAGAAGGUGUACGACCUGGUAAGUCUAGCAAAGAAGAAUCACACACUGAAAGUAGGAGUUAAUGAAACUAUUAAGAAACUCAACAAAGGAGAUGCAGAAUUAGUAUUUUUAGGAGGAAAUGCACUUCCCUUUGCUAUUGUAGAGCCACUGAUUGUUCUGUGUGAGAAUAAGAACAGAACCUUCUUCUUUGUACCCAGCGUAUCUGCACUUGGAAAGGCAUGCGGUCUCUCCAGGCCAGUAGCUGCAUGCACUGUAGUUUACUCAGAAGAUUCUACCAUUAGAAAAUUAGUCAGUGAAAUAAGAGAGCAAAUGAUAAAUCUUUAAUAAAACAG